UUUGACAUUUUUCUACAUAAAAAAUUAGAAGGCGUCCACCUGUGUUUCCGUGGUAGGGUAAAGUGUAUAUGUGACAGAAAGGAGGCAUCUCGCGGGAUGAGGCGCGGCGGGAUCGGUUUCGGUAGUGGGAGAAAACAUUGCGUUCUCCACCUAAGUAGACAGGUAUAAGGAACUUGAGUUAGUUUCAGAUGCGCUCAGUGCAUGUUUCGUUAGUCGUCCGUUAAUCUUAGAAGGAGGAAGCCGAUCCCGUCUCGUGUCUCUUCUUCUUCCUGGUCGAUAUCGUUUCUUCUCGAAUGUCCGACAAGGUUGCGGAAGGUGUUGUUAGAGACAAGUUCGUAACUGUAAGAGACGUGAAAUGAAUCCGACGAACGUUGGAUUUGAUUUGCAUCCGCUUGGAAGGUCACGGUACGGCGUAUACGUUUGUGAAAAAAAGACGUCGCACCCUUCGCAGAUGCUGCAUCCUUAUUUUUGAGAGCCGUUUUUACCGCGCCUCGUUAUUUCCCAAGGCUCGAACAAUAGAAGAAUAAUCAUUGGGAGAAAAUUGGUCAAAUCACAGACCAGAAACGGAAACAUAAGGAAGCAAAGAAACAUAGGAAUUCGCUAUACUUUCUACUGGAAACUCCAGGCAAAAUAAUUUAGGACUUGACUAAGAAAUUCUUGAUAUGGCCACGAUGGCUGGCGGAGAGUACACAUCCGUGAAAGACUUUUACAGAGAUAGAUCGAUUUUUAUAACCGGAGGCACUGGUUUCAUGGGUAAAGUUCUCGUCGAGAAGCUACUGAGAUCAUGUCCGGAUAUCAAGAAUAUAUAUCUUCUGAUGAGACCCAAGAGGGGUCAGGACGUGCAGGAGAGGCUGCAGGAACUCUUAAACGCACCGCUGUUUGAGAAAUUACGGCGGGAUUCUCCGGGCGAGCUGUCGAAGAUCAUCCCCGUGGCCGGUGAUGUUACGGAACCGGAACUGGGCAUCUCGGCGGACGAUCAAGAUAUGUUAAUACGAUCCGUAUCCGUCGUCUUUCACUCGGCAGCCACCGUGAAAUUUGACGAGGCCUUGAAACUCUCGGUCACCAUAAAUAUGCUGGGUACCAAAAGAUUGGUUCAAUUAUGUCACCGCAUGCGUAACGUAGAGGCGCUCAUUCACGUCUCGACGGCGUAUUGCAAUUGCGAUCGGCAUGACGUCGCCGAGGAGAUUUAUCCGGUGGGAAAGGAGCCCGAGCAGGUGAUCGCUCUGACAAAGUGGAUGGACGACAAGAUGGUUGAGGAUCUGACUCCAAAUCUGAUCGCCGGCCGGCCGAAUACGUACACAUUUACCAAAGCACUAGCCGAACGGAUGCUCCAGCGGGAAAGGGGUUCCUUACCGGUGGCGAUCGUCAGGCCGUCGAUCGUGUUGUCGUCCUACAGAGAACCGGUCGCGGGUUGGGUCGACAACUGCAACGGACCUACCGGGAUCAUCGCUGCCGCCUCAAAAGGCUUCUUCAGAACUAUGCUGUGCCACAAGGAUAAAGUGGCAGACUUGGUGCCCGUCGACAUAGUGAUAAAUCUAAUGAUUUGCGCGGCAUGGAGGACCGCGACGCAUCGCACCGACACCAUCUCGAUUUACAACUGUUGCACCGGUCAGCAAAACCCUAUAACUUGGAAGCAGUUCGUUGAGCUGUCCCUUAAAUACUCCCGGGUACAUCCGGCGAACGAUGCGCUUUGGUAUCCGGACGGUCACUGUCGCAGAUCCAUCAUCUACAAUCAAUUGUGCGUGACGCUUCAGCACACGCUACCCGCGCAUAUCCUAGACAUCCUGGCACGGCUGAAGGGCUCGCGGCCAAUAAUGGUCCGCGUGCAGGCGAAGCUCUCCAAGGCCAGCAAGUGCCUGGAGUACUUCAGCACGAAGCAAUGGAACUUCAGAGACGACAACGUACGACGACUCGGCGAACAACUCAGUCCGGAGGAUCGGGAAACAUUCAUGUUCGACGUCAGGCAGAUCGAUUGGCCGUCGUACUUAGAGCAUUACAUCUUGGGAAUACGACACUUUAUUUUGAAAGAGAGUCCGGACACACUGCCAGCUGCUCGUUCACACAUCACAAAACUGUACUGGCUUCACAGGACUAUGCAAUUCGGGCUGCUGAUAAUAAUGCUACGCUUUCUGCUCCUGCGCAACGCCGCGACACGAGGAGCCUUCUUUUCGCUGCUGUCUAUCAUACUUCGUAUAUGCCGCUUGAUUGUUUGACGGCUCAGAAUAGGCCCGGUCGAUGAUCGCGAUCAGCGUAACACGAAGCGGCCGCUAUCCACGGAGUGUUAUUUAAAGGUGCGAUUUGUUCUUCGACUUCGUUGCUCAGCCUCCUCAACGAUAAAGCGCUAUCUUCAUACCCAUCGAUUGGCCUUUUCGAUAUUAAUCGUUGACGAAUAGCAUCAUUGGUUACAAAUAUUUGAUUCAUGACAAAUAAGUGUCAGUUAAUUGAUUCGAUCGCGCGCGCGCGAACGUGAUGAUCUUCGUGAUGAAUUUAUCUCCCGACGAGUACAAGUUCUCCAAUUUUACAUAUAUCACAAUUAUUAUUAUUAUUAUUAAUAUAAUUAUUAAUAUUAUUAUUA